UAUAAACACUCCCCCCUGCUUGGCGCAGCCCAGAUCUGGCCAGGCAGGCAAGGAGGGACAGUGCACCCGGCGACACCGCGAAUGGGGCUUGCCAUGGACCGCAGCCCGUACUCCCGCACAGGGGACGCGGCCCGCGGCUGCUGGUACUACCUGCGCUACUUCUUCCUCUUCGUGUCGCUCAUCCAGUUCCUCAUCAUCCUGGGCCUGGUCCUUUUCAUGAUCUAUGGCAACGUGCACGCCACCACGGAGGCCAGCCUGAAGGCCACCGAGAUCCGCGCCGACAAUCUGUACAGCCAGGUGAUGGGACUGUCUGCCGUGCAGGCUAACCUGACCAAACAGCUGAACGUCAGCUCGCAGGCCAAGGACACCUUCAUGCAGAUGCUGCUGAGCGCCCGGCGCGAACUGGAGCGCAUCAACGCCAGCUUCCGCCAGUGCCAAGGCGACCUGACUCCACAGGUGUCGAGGCGGUCACUGUGUGCGCCCUGGAGAUGGGCGCUGAGCUGUGUUACCUGUGCACACCUGCAGAUCACCUACAUUAACUAUCAUCGGUUCAUGGCCGCUAUCAUCCUGAGCGAGAAGCAAUGCUGGGAACAGCUGAAGGAGAACAACAAGACCUGCGAAGCCUUGCUCUUCAAGCUGGGCGAGAAGGCUAAGACAUUGGAGAUGGAGGUGGCCAAGGAGAAGGCGGUGUGUGCCAAGGACAAGGAGAGCCUGCAGGCGGGGAAGCGGCAGGCGGAGGAGCAGCUGGCGGCCUGUGGCAAAGCACGGGAGCGGCAGCAGCAGGAGCAGCAGGUGACGGAGGAGCAGCUUCGCAAGGUGCAGGCCCUGUGCCUCCCGCUGGACCAGGACAAGUUCCAGGCGGACGCGCUGAGUGCGUGGCGGGAUUCGUUGAUCCAGCGCUCCCUGGAUAACCUGGGCUACCACUACCCCUCGCUGGUGCCCGAGAUCGCGUCCCUCCGCCGGACGUGCGAGCACCUGCCCGGGCUCAUGAACUCCAAGGUGGAAGAGCUGGCGCGCGGGCUGCGCAUGGGCAUCGAGCGCGUGACCCGCGAGAACGCGGAGCUGCGGCGGCAGAAGCUGGAGGUGGAGCGUGGGGCGCAGAGCACGCAGGAGGCGCGGGCGCGCGCCGAGGCGGAGGCGCAGGCACGCGAGAGCCAGCUGCGGGCGGAGUGCGCGCGCCAGACGCAGCUGGCGCUGGAGGAGAAGGCGGCGCUGCGCGCGCAGCGGGAAGGCCUGGCGCGCGAUCUAGAGGCGCGCAAGCGCGAGCUGGAGCAGCUCCGCACCGAGGUGGAUGUGCGCAUCAGCGCGCUGGACGCCUGUCUGAAGGCCAAGUCGCAGCCUCCCGCCCUCCCGCCAAGACUGCCCCCGGGCCCAGCCCCUCCUCCGCCCAUAGAUCCUGCUAGCCUGGAGGAGUUCAAGAAAAGAAUCCUGGAGUCCCAGCGUCCCCCGCUGGUCAACCCUGCAGUCCCACCCAGUGGCUGAGGAAGCAGCUGCUGCAGGACCCUGGGCACGACACUGGCCCAUCUGAGGAUGGUGGCGGCCAGAUGCCCAACGCGCUGGAUGCCUCCUGCUCUGCCCCACGCCCCCAUCACUGCCCUCUGCUCCCCACCGUCUCCCAGACACUGGUCUGAGGCACAUACAGCUGUGGAUGACCAAACGGAGCCCCGCCUGUCCACGAAGCACCCACGGCUCAGCUGCCACCGCAGGCGCCCUCCUCCAGUGUGGUUUCACUGGUGCCUGGCCCCGGGGGUGAGGACAGGAAACCUGGCCUCAGCUCCCUUGGGACUUUCCAGGUUCCGAUUAAGGCGCUGGGGGUUUCCUGGUCCUCCUUGAGAGUCUCCAGGGCUCCCCUGUGUUCUUUCGAGGCCCCAAGAAACAGAGUUUUCAUUAGGUUUUAAACCCUUUUCCAGGGUCUCCAGGCUCCCCUCCCCACAAGGAAGGGCCUGGCCAGCCGGAGAGGGUCCCCAUGUGUCUCACAGAGCCUGGGGGGGGGGCUUCCCCACACCGCCUUGCUUGUAUCCCUUAACGAUGUUAGUGGCACGAAAUAAAUAUCAUGGGAUCCCUUGAA